GUCGUGAUGCAGCGUUGCUUCGUGGAGUUUACGCAUGUGAGUUUGGGAUAAGCUGACCUUCAGGCUGCGGUAGUGGAGUCAUCAUUCUCCCUUACCGGCUCUGUAGUAUUUCAGCCGCAAUGGAUCCAGGUCAGAAAUAUGGCAACACUGAAGGAUAUUACCAGACGUUUGAAGUCCAUCAAAAACAUCCAGAAGAUUACAAAGUCUAUGAAGAUGGUUGCUGCAGCAAAGUACACCAAAGCAGAGAGAGAUCUUAAACCAGCUAGAGUGUAUGGUACUGGGGCUUUAGCUCUUUAUGAGAAAGCAGAGAUCAAACCACCAGAAGACAAAGACAAACAUAUUCUUAUAGGUGUAUCCUCUGAUCGUGGCCUUUGUGGUGCAAUACAUUCAUCAGUUGCUAAAACCAUUAAAAGCGAAGUAAGCACACUGUCAAAGUCUGGAAAGGAAGUGAAAAUUGUCGGGAUUGGUGACAAGUUGAGAGCUUUGCUUCACAGAACUCAUGGAGACCAUUUACUGUUGACAUUCAAGGAGGUGGGGCGUAAGCCUGCAUCAUUUGGUGAUGCUUCCAUUAUUGCAACAGAGCUCCUUAAUUCUGGGUAUGAAUUUAAUCAAGGAUCUGUCAUUUUCAACAGGUUCAGAUCUGUAAUUUCUUAUAGGACAGAAGAAAAACCUGUUUUUUCCCUUGAUACUGUUGCAAAUUCAGAGAACAUUAAUAUAUAUGAUGAUAUCGAUGCAGAUGUACUGAGAAACUACCAAGAGUUUGCUCUUGUUAAUGUUAUCUACUAUACACUGAGGGAAGCAGCCACUAGUGAGCAAAGUGCAAGAAUGACUGCUAUGGACAAUGCCAGCAAGAAUGCUUCUGAGAUGAUUGAUAAAUUGACUCUAACAUUUAACCGAACCCGUCAAGCUGUAAUUACCAAGGAGCUGAUUGAGAUCAUUUCUGGUGCCGCUGCCCUGUAAAAGGUUUUUACUGAAGCCAGUGACUGCAGCCGGCAGUUUCCCUUCUGUUAUUGUUAAACAACUUUUGGUCCAUUGUCAGUUUGUGGAAGAAAAAUAAUUUGUUGUAAAUUCUUAUAAUAUAAAAUCUUGUACAAGA